AUGCAGCCUAACAGGAAUUUGUUGGUGCGUAAACUGGAUCCACCACAGACGUGGGAUCCGAUUGUGGAGAACCACUUACGCGCCACGGGAUUCUACCACGUCUCCAGAAUUGGAGUCAUAAGAGGAUUUCACCCCAUGUUAGCUGCUCUGGUUGAAAGGUGGAGGCCUGAAACCCAUAGCUUUGUAUUGCCAAUCGGUGAGGUUACAGUGACAUUAGAGGACGUUGCUCAUAUAUUCGGGCUACCCAUUGAUGGAGAGCCUGUCAGUGGAUGGACAGAUAGUAGCAGCGAGUUUGUUCAAAAUCAGAGCAUAGCAAUAUUCGGUCGUGAGCCAUCAGUCAGUCAUAAUGCGAAGUCCUAUAUAAAGUUGGCUUGGGUUCGACGUAUUAGAGAUGCAGAGCUGUUGAAUACUGAGGAGUCCAUCAGGAGAUACGUCAGAUGUCAUAUAUUCUGUUUGUUAGGGUCGACCCUAUUCACGGACAAGUCGACCGCAUAUGCCCAUGCGAAGUAUUUACCAUUGCUUCGCGAUUUCGAGCAGAUCCAUACUUACAGUUGGGGGUCAGCUUGUCUCGCUCAUCUUUACAGAGCACUAUGCCGUGCAUCACGAUAUGAUACUAAGGAGAUGGAUGGCCCUCUGAAUCUAUUGUUUGUUUGGGCAUGGGAGCGAAUGCCGUGUCUUGCUCCCGUACCGAGACAAACCCUUCCACCCGCCGAGAUACCAGUUGCCAGGAGGUGGAGUCAUUCGGAACGGACUACAGCGUGGUUAUCCAAGACCGUAGAGACAUUCAGGCAUGACAUAGACUACAUGGAAGAGUUUGAGUGGCGGCCGUAUCACGGUUUGAUCGUUCUGGACGAGUUAUAUCCCCAUCUUGAGGUGUGUGACAUCGUUGCUCCGUUGUUGUCAUUCGAGUGUGUCGAGUGGCACCCUGCGGACCGAGUGAUGCGUCAGUAUGGAUAUGCACAACCUCCUCCGCGGGCAGUGAGAGAUAUUCCAGUUGAUCAGCAUUGCGUCGUUCUACGUGGAGUGCAGCUACAUGACUGGACAGUUUUGCAUGGGGCAUGGAUAGAGGAGUGGGCCAACCUGGCAUAUGCCUCGCCUCGCUCUUCCAACCUCUUAUAG